GUUCAUCAACGUUUUGAUCCCAGCUAUUAUGAGAAUUAUGUGGGUUUGCUUUCUAAACUCACCCAAACCGGAUCGGUGAUGGAAUAUCAGUCGUCGUUUGAAGCACUUCUUAAUAAGGUAACCGGAGUACCCGAAGCAACCCUAGUCGCGAUGUAUGUUGCUGGGCUGAAACAGCCGAUACAACGGGAGGUGAAUCUACAGGGUCCAACAACCUUGGCCGCCACCUUUGCCUUGGCCAGGGAGGUUUCGGCCUGUCAUCAGGAGUCCGUGGCAUCUCUCCCUCAUCGUACAUGGGCCACACGCUUCUCCCCUGGUCAGUCCUCAUCACCAUCAUCAGCCGGCCUGCUGCCCACCCCGACCACAGCCGCACGGCCCUCCCCAUUUCCAGCCCGAACAGCGGAUAAGGCAACCAACCCCCCACUCCCGGUUGUUCGUUUAUCAGCGACGGAAAAGGCUGAACGCAACAAAAAGGGUCUUUGUUGGUACUGUGACGAGAAGUGGAUUCCGGGGUACAAUUGUAAACACCGUUUUCUCGUCCUCAUGGGUCCCGAAGACGACGAAGAAGAACCUGUACCGGCUGACCCUACACCAUUGGAUGGAGAGGCUUCUCUUAUUACAGCCGAUAUUUCAAGCAUCCAUUCUCUCUCCGGCAGCCCUAGUCCCCGGGCUCUCAAAUUGGCGGGGUCUGUCAACAAUACUCCAGUGCAAGUGCUCCUCGACAGUGGUAGUACUCAUAACUUCAUCCACCCCAAAGUUGCGGAACACCUUGCCCUUGUACUCCAGCCCGUCACUCCAUUUCGGGUCUAUGUCGGCAACGGUGAUUCGUUGCGCUGCGCUUACGCAUGUCCGCAGACGCCUCUCCUCUUACAAGGUCACUUAUUCCCCGUCGAUCUUUAUCUCUUAGAAGUGCAUGGACUGGAUAUCGUCUUGGGUAUUCAGUGGCUCCAAACCCUCGGUUGUGUUUCCCAUGAUUACGGCCGGAUGACGAUGGAAUUUCUUUGGCAGGGGCAGACCGUCACGCUUCGUGGGGAUCUCCCAGGGCCUAAACCCAUCUCUUAUGGUCAUUUGUGUUCCUUGGCGUCCACGACAGAGAAGGUGGAAUUUUAUGAGAUCAUA